GGUGUCACCGACAGAACGUCAGCCGAGAUACGAAGAAGGGUGGGAAGAGAACAAGAGGCCAGAGAAGGCGAUACACGUUUUAAAUGGAGACGCCGGCUGCGCAUGGGCGGCUGCGGCGGGAUCAAAAGGUCGACCUGAAUUACAUGCUGGCUACACUCGGUAUCGAGGAAGGAUAAUACCAACGAUCUCCCUGACGAAGAAGACAAGGAAGUUUUAUCUGAUUGCUCGGAUGCGCACUCUGCCGCACGCAUGGAGCACCACCUGAAAGAACACGCUGCCACGAUUGAUAAGGGUGUGGAAGCAGUUAAAGCUGGGGAGGAAGUCAAGAUGAUGAAGAACUCUGUCAAGGAAUAGACGGAAGCGAUCAGCACGACGUCCGAGCACAAGAAGGAGGGUUUAUCGAUCAGAAAAAAGCGGAAGGUUGAGGAAAUCUAUUACCGCGGAUGAUAGCGCCUGUGGCGAUGAUGGUAAAUCAACACGGCUGGAAUAUGUACCAAGCAAAAGCUCAAGCAAGCACAUCGAAGAGCUGCACUCGCUGAUCUCGAAGCAAGACGAAAUUACAAACGUCAUUCCCCCUUUCCCAUCGGAGCCCAUUUAAUCAUAAGAAAAGCUUGAGAGUGUCCUCAAAG